AGGUCUCCUCUAGACCGAUGCUUGCUUUUUAAGAUCCGACUUUGCAAUCGAUCUGGAUCUUAUUUCACUUAGCUGCGGUCUUCUUUGCUUCUUUCCCCCUUGGAGGAAGACAGCCGUCUACCUUGGCAAAGCCCAAUUGCCGGUGUCAGUCUUCUUCCCGUGAUUCAAUCACGGAAAGAGGAUUAGAGCGGAGACGUCAGGGGUUGAAAGUUCUACAUACGCUUUAAAAUCUGAGAUAUCGAUUUGCAAAAUCAUCGUCAUGGAGACAGCAGAACCUGUAUCAUACGAAUUCCCAAGUCAUGCUGUUGGAGCCGUUGCCCCCCGUCGGAUGAUGAACACCGGUCUCAGCCACAACAUAUCUUUUUACACCAACCCAGCAGCUUCGUUUCCUCUUUCAUUCCACCCGCAUUCAUCGACCGGUUAUGGAUUCGGACACCUCAUCAACCAUCACCACCACCACCCGCACCACCAUAAUUCGCACCCAGGCUAUCAGCAUUACUUUGUAGCAGGCCAGCAGCCGCUAAAUUCUCAGCCUGCGCGCCUUUCAUCAGAGCCGCCAUCAAUCCAGCCGAUUCCCGAGAUUCGACCGGCCAAGAAUGCACUGAAUCGGGUGACGAAAGAUGCACUGACCAGGGUUGAGCGCAAGUCUGACUCGCAGCAGCCGACGACUGGAGGACCAGCACAGGAGAAAAUACUAUGCACAAAUGAAAUUGAAUUCUCGACAGAAGUGGACAUCCUUAUGAAAGCAAUACAAUCCAAGGCUAGCACUCAGGCGGUGGGCGGACAAUCACUCCCUCCACUUCAGCAACUGACGCACGGAGGGAGCAAUACCUUCUCCCAUUCAUAUUCGACCCCACCAGCCACGAACCCGAGUUGUACUGUGAUGGUUGAAGAUCAGCCAUCCCGGUCAGGAAAGAAGCGCAAGUAUGCUUGCACCCUUCCACAUUGCGGCAAGGGCUUUGCGCAGAAGACACAUCUUGACAUCCACAUGAGGGCCCACACAGGAGACAAACCCUUUGUUUGCAAAGAGCCCUCGUGUGGCCAGCGUUUUUCUCAGCUUGGAAACUUGAAGGUAGGCUCGCUCCUGUGCUUGAUGUUGCCGCAAGACGGACGAAGACUCCUGGAUAGCAUCAAAGUAAGCUUAUACGUAUAUCAGACGCACCAGCGACGCCAUACAGGAGAAAAGCCCUUCUCCUGUGAGAUAUGCCACAAACGGUUUGCCCAACGGGGCAAUGUCCGCGCGCACAAGAUUACCCACCAACACGCAAAGCCGUUCACUUGUCUCCUAGAUGACUGUGGUAAACAAUUCACACAGCUGGGCAAUCUAAAGAUGACAGAUGCAGAUAACAUGAGCCCACAAGACCAGAAACUCUGGGAAUAUUUUGCUACCUUGUACAAGAAUAGCAACAAGGGUAUUAAAGGUCGCGGGAAGGACCGGAGGAUUUCUCCCCUUUCAAGAUCGGAGACCAGGCCCGAUUCUUGCAGAAGGAUCCCUUCCAUAGGCAACGAUGACGAUAAACUGCGCCGCGCAAGCUACGGAGAUACGUCGACUUAUAACUGUAGCUCCAGUAGCGACGAAGAGGAUGCCGAACCUUACUUCCUUGACAGGCAGGGACAGACUUAAUUUGGAAUUGAUAUCUCUUAUUGCCCUUGCUCUCAUCACUACUGAGAUUAGGCCACGAUACGUGAUACGAUUGAAUUGGGCAUUCUGCUUCUGACUUCAACGUACAAAAGAACAUCGAAGUGAGCUCGAGGUCAAGAGAGAACUUGACCACGGUCCUACUUUGAACGUGCAUAGGAUACUUUUUACAGC